AUGUUUAGUACAUGUGCACGGUGCCAGGCCUCCCUAGAAGUGGCAAAAUUUCUUGCUCUUGCGGCUCCUGAACAAGGGACGAAUCUAGCUCUGGCGCUUUGCCAGUACUUCAAUUAUUCAUCCUCUUGCGAGAAAAGUUAUGGACCCCUCGUCAUGGGACCGAUCCUUACUCAAGUUGUAUCUUUUGCUGAUGUCGGAGGAUAUGACGGACAGUCGAUUUGCUCUAACUUCCUUGGUUUGUGUCCAGCGCCCACGACAACGACUCUCAACCUCACUGGCUGGUUCGCAAAGCCAAAGCCCAACCCUCUUCCUCCUCCGAAGCAGCCCAGUAGUCAACUGCUGAAAGUCUUACAUCUUUCGGACCUGCAUAUUGAUCCCCGUGCGCGGCAUUUGCACGUUAUGCGAACGGCGCAGAGGCAAACUGCACCAGCGCCCUCAGACACCUCUCGUUCCUGCGCCACGAUAUGCGAUGCUCCAUAUUCAUUGAUCACGUCCGUGCUGGAGGCCAUCCCACCGUUGACCGGAACUGAAUCAACUGGCCUCGAUUUUACUUUGUUCACUGGCGACAUGUUGGCGCAUGACCCAGAUAACCAACAGUCUAGAGCUUUCACCGAGUACUCUCAGGUCGUCCUUUAUGAUCUAUUCAAGCGCAUGCUCGGACCUGGCCCUACCUAUGCUACACUCGGAAAUCACGAAACUUGCCUGCCAAAUUUAGCUUCGCCUUUAUCCCUGGGAGGCGCUUUGGGGCAACAGUUCAGCUGGUAUAAUUUCUCUCAUCAGUUUCUAUUUUAUGCAUUACCUCAUCCACUAGGCUAUACGACCACGUUACAGCGUUAUGGGAGCAAGAGGGAUGGCUUCCGUCGGCUUCCGUCGAGUUUUCGCGUGCUCACUAUGCAGCAUACACUGGUCAAGCGUGCAGAUGGCCUGAGGGUGAUCAGCUUGGACACCAACUUAUGGUACAGGUCAAACUACUUCAACUACAUCAACUCGUCCGAACCGGACGUUUCUGGUAUACUGAGGUUCCUCACCGACGAACUUCAGGACGCGGAAGACGCGGGAGACCGAGUCUGGAUCAUUGGCCACGUCAUCAGCGGUUGGGAUGGUUAUAAUUCGUUGCCGCACCCAACCAAUCUCUAUGUACGUUCGCUGGACGUCAAAUUCAUUCUGCGUGGAGCUGAUGUACCUAGCGUCGAUCGCUUUUCCCCUCACGUUAUUGCUAACAUCUUCUGGGGUCAUACACACGAGGACCAGCUAUCCAUCUUCUAUGCCAAUAAUGGUACGAAUAUGAGUGCUGAGACCGCUCAGGCGGUAUCCUGGACUGGGCCAUCUGUAACACCCCUCAACAACCUGAACUCUGGGUUCCGUGUUUAUGAAGUUGACUCUGCUACCUUUGAAGUGAUCGAGGCUUAUACCUGGAAGAGUUAUGUUAACGAUUAUCCUGCGCUGGACUCGCAGACUCAAUUCGGCCCUACUUUCGAGUUCGAGUAUAGCACUCGUGAGGCAUAUGGAGGAAACAUUACUUGGGGGGCAACCGACCCACUGAACGCGACCUGGUGGCAUCUUGUGACUGAGCAGAUGGAAGCAGACCCGACUUUGAUGCAGACUUUCAAUUCCUACCAAGGAAAGGGCUCGAUACUCACUCAGCCAUGCACGGGCGAAUGCAUUCCUGCUAGGAUCUGCUACAUCCGUAGUGGCUCUUCUAGUAUCGCCAAGCAGAAUUGCGUGUCGGGUUAUGGAUCAGUGCAGUACUAGUUUAUAUUAAAGUACCAUUUGCGUAGUGUCAAUACCGACAAUCAAACGUUGAAAACUUCCAUA